UGUGAAAAGAUAACAAUACAGAGAGAUUAGACAAGGGAGCACCAACUGUCCCUUGGACCUGUGCAAUCAUUUAUUAAUUUUUGGCAAUACUUAGAUUAAAGCGAGAGAAAAGCCACCAUGAAGGACUAUCCCCACUCCCAGAUAACUCUAGUCCUUAAAUCCUCCAGGCACCAUGCAAUAAUUCAGCCUUAGUAAAAGUGAUUGUUUUCUUACAUUUCUGUACCAUUUUAACCACAGGGUUUAGCCAUUUGGUGCACCUUGCAUGAGGCAAGAAGUCAUGUGAGUGCCUUAUCAGACUGCUCUCAUCAUGGCUUCCCAGAUUCCCUAUAUAAGAAAUGUGCCCCCCCUCCACAUAGAUAGCUAUGGUACCUUUAAGUUGUCAUUUUAACCACAAAUCUGUUCUCCACAUCUCCUCCCUCCAUCCCCAUAUAUGUUGGGUCUCCCUCUGUUAGGCAGUACUAGUCCAAGACCCUAAAUUCCUUUUGGCUGUCCUCUCUAUCUCAAUGACUUCAAUUUAUUUCAACCAAUUCUCUGCUUACCCUAUAGAAGAAGUAGAGCAGUAUGAAAGCCCUGAUCCUCUCUCCACUCCAAGCAUUGAGACUCAAUCCUUUUCAUGCCCUCUUCUCUAUGACACACAAGUUCAUGAAGUUAAUGACAGACAAGAGCAUCAUCAUCUACAGGAACAACAUCAACGAGAGCCAAGUGAACAUAUGUUGAUUGCUGGAUCAGAUGUUCAUCUAUUAUCACUCCCGAUCGCAAGAAAAAAUAAGAACAUUGCACCUCAAUCUUUUCCUGAUCAUCACAAUAAAGUCGAGGAUGCACAUGGUCCUACAAAAUGGAUGUCUUCCAAGAUGAGGUUUAUGAAGAAGAUGAUGGGAUCUGAUCAAAUUUCCACAGGCAAGACGAGAAGUAGCAUGCAAGAAGUCCAAGACCAUCCACAGACAGGCCGAGGCCGCAGAAGCAACAAUAGCAGAACUAACAAUCUUCCUGAAGGAGUAAUCAGAAUGUGCUCUGAUUGCAAAACAUCAAAGACCCCUUUGUGGAGAAGUGGCCCUCAGGGCCCGAAGUCACUUUGCAAUGCCUGUGGAAUAAGGCAGAGGAAAGCUAGAAGAGCGAUUGCAGCUGCAGCCCUGGGUGGUACAUUAGCCCCUGCAGAUGCAACAAGUCCACUGCAAAAGUUGAAGACAUUGGAUAGAGAUCUCACUGUUCCCUUCAAAAAACGGUUCAAGAUCUCCACAACUGAAAGCACGCAGAACCUUAGCUUCAAUGAGAAUACAAUAAAGUUUAAUAAGAAUUCACCCUUUCAUAGGGGUUUUCCACAGGAUGAGAAGGAUGCAGCCAUAUUGUUGAUGGCUCUAUCCUGCGGGCUGCUUCAUAGUUAAAGACAAGCUCUUUCUGUGAUUCUAGUUAAUUGUAAAAUUUUCUUUCUUAAAAGCCUACUCUAGUGUGGAUGUUUAGUGUGUGCUCAAGUGAGCGAGGUAGAAUAAGAAAAAUAAUAUGAGAGAUAGUGUGAUAGUUUGAGUUUUUAGUCAGGUGAUAUUUCUUGUAAUUCUCUGUUGCCAUGAUCGAGAAGUUAGAAAACAGAGCGCCUAUGCUGUUGAUCUUAGUCCAAGAUUUUUUCAAGAGGUGAUAAGGCAUCAUUUAUUUAUUGAUCA